ACCGUAUCUGGCCCAUAAAGAAUAGAGACGUCUUUAUUCUUCAUGAUCUAGCCUAUGGAGCAUUGUCCGUUGGAGAGUUCGAGAAUCUUCCGAAUCCAUCCAAUGCAGCUGCCCAGAAAGUUCUCGGUUCGGUCUUUUCUGAUGUGUUUUAUCGAUGGAGUGGCAGCGGUAACGCUAUCCGCCAUCGACUGCGACUCUCCGAUCAGCUGUUUGUAACCCAUGAAAGCAUUGGCGACGUGGAAGGGAAGGGGGAAAACGAGAUGAGCAACUUAUUCUUCCUGUCAAUGAUUCCAUUAGUGCGUCAUUGGAUACUAAUCAGUUAUGUGCAAAGACCACCAUAAUGGCAAGUCCGGACUUCGAUGUAGAUCGAAUUUGGCUGAAUGGAAGGGAAGAAUCGAUCAAUAAUCCCCGACUGCAGAAUUGUUUACGAGAAGUUAGAAAACGUGCUCAACUAUCGCCUGAAAUGGAGAGCUGGAAGCUCCACAUAUGUUCCAAGAAUAAUUUUCCAACAGCAGCAGGUCUGGCAUCGAGUGCAGCUGGUUAUGCAUGCCUGAGUGCUACACUCGCAAAAUUGUACAAAGUAGAAGGAGACAUAAGUACAAUUGCUCGUUCUGGAUCUGGUUCGGCAUGCAGAAGUGUGUACGGUGGAUUUGUACGUUGGUAUGCAGGCACUGACCCCAACGGAAGUGAUAGUAUCGCUAAGCAAAUUGCCCCUCCGUCUCAUUGGCCGGAAAUGAGGAUUUUGAUUUUAGUCGUAAAUGACGAAAGGAAAAAAACUUCAAGUGCCCUCGGCAUGAAGAACAGUGUUUUAACAUCAGAACUUCUCAAAUAUCGAGCUGAACACUGUGUCCCUAAAAGGGUAGAAGAAAUGCAACAGGCAAUAAUGGAUAAAAACUUCGAAAAAUUUGCGGAAUUGAUGAUAAAAGACUCCAACCAGAUGCACGCAGUAUGUCUAGACACAACUCCCCCCUGUUUCUACCUCAACAACGUUUCUUUCGGUAUCAUUGACCUCAUCCAUGCAUACAACGAGGCAUCUAAGUGUGUGAAGGUUGGAUAUACAAAUGAUGCAGGCCCAAACACUGUUCUCUAUUUACUAGAGAAGAACGUCCCCGAAGUAUUGGGACUGUUAGAUUAUUAUUUUCCAUCGGAGUCUAUGAAAAAUGUAGAGUAUAAAAGGGGAAAUCCACCACAAAGUUUUCCUCUCUCGAAGGAACUAAUUUCGAAAAUUAAUAGAGAGAAAAAUCAGCCAGGUCACUUAAAAUACAUCAUCCAUACUCGCGUGGGCGAUGGUCCGACUUACCUCGAAAAUCCGCGAGAGCAUCUGCUUGACUCCAAAGGUUUGCCUGUUGAGUUGUAAUGAUUCUGUCAAGACAUUCGUUGACAUUAAAGGGUACAAGGGGAGAAGGGUCACAAGGGUGAGGGUAUCAAUGUAUGUUUUUUUACAAAUAAAAAUUUAUACUGGCUA